GCGCUGGCGUUUUGGAGGGAGUUUGCAUGUGGUCAGUGCUGUGCCGCUAAGCCAGCCCCCAGCUCACAUUACACACUACUGUAUUUAUAACCUCUCAGAGCCGUUUCCCCCUUCAAGCAGUUCUCUGGGACCACCUUCUAUUGGCUUCAAGCUCUCCCACUUCUUGACAUCUGAGCAGCUCUGAGAAAGGCUCAUCUAGGUCCGAGUGUUUAUGCAGCGGAGACUGGCCGCUAGGGCUAAAGACCUGGAUUAUCUGAGCUCAGUUGCUUGCUGCAAAGUCUGUCGUUGCCGUUUUGGAAAAAAAAAUCCCAGCCCCGAUCUGUUUACAGUGAAAGUUGACAAAGGGUGGUGAAGUUGGAUCCUUCCUAAGCUCUCCUGCCUGGAACCUGAGACUUGCAUGCCAUGGAUCACACACUCUUUGGCUGCCUGCGCAGCCCCCAUGCCACCGCGCAGAGCUUGCACCCUUUCUCCCAGUCUUCUCUUGCCCUGCAUGGAAGAUCCGACCACAUGUCCUACCCCGAUCUGUCUUCUUCUUCUUCCUCUUGCAUAAUAACGGGAUACCCCAAUGAGGAGGGCAUGUUUGCCAGCCAGCAUCAUAGGGGGCACCACCAUCAUCACCACCAUCACCACCACCACCACCAGCAACAGCAGCACCAGGCUUUGCAGACGAACUGGCACAUCCCUCAGAUGUCGUCUCCUCCCGCCGCGGCCAGGCACAGCCUCUGCCUCCAGCCGGACUCAGGAGGACCCCCAGAGCUGGGCAGCAGCCCCCCCGUGCUGUGUUCGAACUCCUCCAGCCUGGGCACUACCACCCCUACGGGGGCAGCGUGUGCGCCGGGGGACUAUGGCAGGCAGGCUCUGUCCCCGGUGGAAACGGAGAAGAGGUCCGGCAAGAGGAAAAGCGACAGCUCAGAUUCCCAAGAAGGAAACUACAAGUCAGAGGUCAACAGUAAACCCAGGAAGGAAAGGACAGCUUUCACCAAGGAGCAAAUCAGAGAGCUGGAAGCAGAAUUUGCUCAUCAUAACUAUUUGACUAGGCUGAGGCGAUACGAGAUAGCAGUAAACCUUGACCUCACUGAAAGACAGGUAAAAGUUUGGUUCCAGAACAGACGGAUGAAGUGGAAGCGGGUAAAAGGAGGCCAGCAAGGGGCAGCAGCCCGGGAAAAGGAACUGGUGAAUGUGAAAAAAGGCACGCUGCUCCCCUCCGAGCUCUCUGGCAUUGGGGCAGCUGGUCUCCAGCACACAGGGGACUCACUAGCGAAUGAUGACAGCCAUGACAGCGAUCACAGCUCUGAGCACGCACACUUAUGAUACACAGAGAGUGUCCCAGCUCCGUUCUCAGGAAAGAUGCUUUGCUGGCAAGCCUUACACAGGCAUCGUUUACGUAUGCAAGUGACUCUGGCAAUGAUUUUUAAAGUUGUUAUGGAAGAUUCAGGCUUAUUGUGUCUGUUUUUCUUGAUUUUUAGAUGGUUUACAGUAAGUGCCAUGUCUUAAAGGUGCCUCAAGAGUGGAGAAGUGGAACAUUGAACAUUCCAGAUUUGUUUGUCAUGUUUAUGACAGCGGGCAGGUAUUUUUUGCUUUAGCUUGCACUGAAAAUUACAUUGCUCUCAACAGACGUUAUAUUCUGAAAACCACAGUGCCACAAAAUCACUAUCUAGUGGAUAAGAAAUGUAUUUUAACUCUGUAUAUAUUUACCUUACAGCAUUUUCCUGUCUUCACUAAUUUUAGCAAUGCAUUCAUAUUAGCUGAUGGCAAUAGUCACUCAUGACAAUAAAUGGCUUUUUGUCUCUUUAUUUUUGUUUUGUUUCGCCAAAGACAUACAAUACAUGCAGAUACUUUUGUUCAAGUAGAGAAAGUAUCUGCUAGGACAAGUCCUUGUAUGACAGACAAAACAAACGUUAUGUUGCAUUUACUAUCAACUGCUGCUAAUAGGGUAUUAUUAAACUUACCUAGCUCCUCAAUUCUUCUUAUCUUAUAACUGCAAAAAAUGAUUUUUAGGAUCAUAAGGAUAGUCCAGUAACCUGCCAGAAAAUUUUCAUGCUCAGUGGAAACCCCAGAAAGGAUUAUUCAUUUCUACUUUGUCAUCACUGAGUACAUUGAUUAAUACCGACUCUGCGGAAAUGUUGCUUCAUCUUCAGUUUAAAAAACAGCAGUAAGCUGAAAGUUAUUAUCAACUGUUUAUGUUGGUAGGAAUCAAAAUAUGAAGGUAACUCAGUAUUGUGUCCCGUAUGUAAAAUCAAGACACAUUUUCUGUUAUAAGCUUUUGUGUACAUACAGGCAAACACCAAAACUCAAAAUUUAAUGCAAACCAUUGAUUGUACUUUGUAAAGAAAAAUGUUUAAUAAAUAAUCCUUUUUAAAUA